UACCAGAGGCGAGAGUUUCGCUAUCAGUCAAUUGAUCGUUUCGAUCUAAUUUGCCAGGCCUUGAUUGCAUACGCAGAGGAUUCAGAACAUCGAACCGACGACUGUCACCCGAAUCUAUAUUCGUUCGAGUCGACAUCGAGAUCUCUCGACAGGUCAAAUCGCCCACCAUGCCCUCCAUCACCAACAUUGCGCACAUGUGUUCGCAUCUCCAGAACGCCUCUAAAGCUCGUCUUGGUAUAACAUCCGUCAAAAACUGCAAAUACAACCUGCAACUCGCCCUCGCUCUGCACCGGUCUGGUUUCUUCUCGGCCGUCUACCGUGCCGGUCCCAGGCCUCCUACAAUGGAACAAAUGAUCUCUGAACCACCUGUGACAGUCACAAACGAAAACGUUGCCACGAUGCGCCUGUGGCUGGGCCUCAAGUACUGGGACGGCAAGCCUGUCCUCGGCAAUGCCAAUGCUAUCAGCACACCGAAGCGUCUCAUGACGGCCAACAUCAAAGAAUUGGCCAGACUUACGAGGGGGUUCCCGACAAAGGUGUCUGGUGGUGUUGUUUCGGGUCUAAAUCUCGGAGAGUGUCUGUUUGUUGCGACGUCCCAGGGUGUUUUGGAGGCGCGAGAGGCCCUUGCGAAGAAACAGGGUGGUCUGUUAAUGUGCAGGGUGUCAUGAGCGUGAAUAUGAAAAGAGAUCUGCUUGAGUAGUCGGGGAAGCAUACGUGCUAUCAUGAUACGAUAAAUAAGGAAGCCU